AUGGAUCAAUUAGAAAGAAUCGAAUUGGAGUCACAGGUUUGCAAUGAGUUAGAAAGAUUUAUUGGAACAGGGGAUAAAGUCUUAGCAGAAUUUGUAAUUAGUUUAGCAGAAGAAAAUCCCAAGUUAAAAGAUUUUAAUAAAGCAUUGGAAGAAAAUGGUGCCGAUUUCCCAGAGUCAUUAAGUUCCCAUUUGUUCAAUUUAAUCGAAAAAAUGAAAAAAAAGAAUCAAAAAACCACAACUACAACAACCAAAAAUAAUAGUAAUAAAUCAAAUGAUUGGGACGAUGACAAUUUACAAAAUGAAAAGGCAAAAUCAACUAAAUUUCCAGGUCUAUCAAUUGCAAAUGAUAACGAAUUUCAACAAGGUAAAGUUGUAGAGGUACCAAUUGAUGACGAAAAGACUAAAAGAGAAAAUAGAAAGAAAAUGGAUGAUUUAGAUAAAGAGUUUGAUUUAAAAUAUAAUAGUACCAAUAGCAAUGGUUCAGAUAAAAAAGGUUAUGAUAGAAGAGAUGGUGACAGAAGAAAAGAGUUGGAUAAAGAACCAGUUUUAUAUAAAAUUUAUAACGGCAAAGUUUCAACAAUCAAUGAUUAUGGUUGUUUUGUUUCAUUAGAGGGUAUACAAGGAAGAAGAGAUGGUUUGGUACAUAUUUCACAAAUUCAAUCAGGACGUGUUAAAUUAAAUCAUCCAUCUGAUGCAGUUAAAAGAAAUCAGAGUGUUAAAGUUAAGGUAUUAUCAGUAGCAGGCUCAAAGAUCAGUUUAUCAAUGAGAGAUGUAGACCAAGAGUCUGGUAGAGAUUUAAAUCCACAACAAAAUAUUGUUUCAAUAACAAAGGAUCAAGAUAGAAACAGAAAUAAUCCAUCAAGACCAUCCAAUAGCGGUGUAAAGAUUAAUGAUGACGAUGAUGACGCCUAUUCAGGCAGAUCUAGAAAGAAAAUUUCGUCCCCAGAGAGAUGGGGUCAUAAGCAAUUAAUUGCAGCUGGUAUAUUAAGUGUUCAAGAAAUGCCAAACUAUGAUGAGGAGUAUGGCUUAGUUAAUGACGAUACAGAGGGAGUUGAAGAAGAUUUCGAAAUUGAAAGAAAUGAAGAUGAACCACAGUUUUUAAGGGGUACAAGAGCCAAUAUGCAACAACUAUCACCAAUUAAAAUUGUUAAAAAUCCAAAUGGUUCUUUGCAAAGAGCAGCAAGUACACAGUCUGCUUUGGCCAAGGAAAGAAAAGAAGAAAAGAAUCAACAAAGAAAUGAAAUGAUGGAUAGUAUGCCAAAAGAUCUUUCACUACCAUGGCACGAUCCAAUGCCUGAUCCAGGUGGUCGUCAUUUAGCACAAGAGAUUAGAAGCAUAGCUAGUCAAGGUAUAGAUACUGACCUACCAGAGUGGAAGAAAAAUACACAGGGUUCACAUGUUUCAUAUGGUAAAACUACUAGUAGAUCAAUUAAAGAGCAAAGAGAGUCACUUCCAAUAUUUCCACUUCUAUUGACAAUGAAAGCUAUGGGUAUCAACGAUUUAUUAAAUUUCGAUUUUAUGGAUCCACCACCAGUCCAAACCUUAAUAUCGGCAAUGGAACAACUCUAUACAUUGGGUGCUCUUGAUGAAGAGGGUCUUUUAACACGUUUAGGAAGAAAAAUGGCAGAGUUUCCGUUGGACCCUCAGCUAUCGAAAAUGUUAAUUGCCUCUGUAGAUUUAGGUUGUAGUGAUGAAAUUUUAACUAUUGUUGCUAUGCUUUCAGUUCAAAAUGUAUUUUAUAGACCAAAAGAAAAACAAGCAUUAGCAGAUCAAAAGAAAGCUAAAUUCUUUUCAUCAGAGGGUGAUCAUCUCACUCUACUCAAUGUUUAUAAUGGUUGGAAGAAUAGUAAAUUUAGUAAUCCAUGGUGUUUCGAAAAUUUUGUUCAAGCACGUUCUCUUCGUAGAGCUCAAGAUGUUAAAAAGCAACUCAUUACAAUUAUGGAUCGUUAUAAAUUAGAUAUUAUCUCUUGUGGUAGAAAUCAUACUAAAAUUCAAAAAGCAAUUUGUUCUGGCUACUUUGCCAAUGCCUCUAAAAAAGAUCCAAAUGAAGGUUAUAAAACUUUAGUUGAGGGUCAACCUGUAUACAUUCAUCCAUCUUCAACCUUAUUCAAUAGAAAUCCAGAUUGGGUAAUUUACCACGAAUUGGUUUUAACAACAAAAGAAUAUAUGAGAGAAGUAUGUACCAUUGAUCCAAAAUGGUUAGUCGAGUUAGCACCAAAAUUCUUCAAAUCUGCAGAUCCAAAUAAAAUUUCAAAAAGAAAAAGAAAAGAAAAAAUCGAACCACUUUAUGAUAAAUAUAAUGAUCCAAAUGCAUGGAGACCUUCAAAGAGAAAGGGUUAA